CCUCCCUAUAAAUAAAACCACCUCGAGCUCCUCCUUCACUUAUCUCUAUUCCUACUUCUCCAUUGUGUUUUCCUACCAUUCUUCAACCAUGCAAGCUCUUUCACUCUGCUUGGCUCUCUUUUUCCUUCUUUCAACUUCUUCCAUCGGUUCUGCCAUUAAAGGUUUCAGCAUCGACCUCAUUCAUCGCGACUCACCAUUAUCACCCUUCUACAACUCCUCCAUGACCCACUCAGAUCGAGUUCAAAACGCUGCAUUGCGCUCCAUAUCUCGAGCUAAUCGCUUUCGCCAGUCUUCUGUGGCUGAAACAAGUGAGUUAGUAGAAACUGAUAUAAUCCCAAAUGGAGUAAACUACCUCAUGAAGAUCUUCGUUGGUACUCCACCUGUAGAGAGAUUGGCAGCUGCAGACACAGGAAGCGACCUUAUUUGGUUCCAAUGCUCACCUUGUCCCCGGUGCUACACUCAAAAUGCAACGCUCUUUGAUCCAAAAAAUUCUUCCACUUAUAUGUCUCUGUCAUGUAGCUCAGACCCUUGUAAAGUUCUGCCUCAAUUCACUGUGCAAGGCCAAGUGUAUCCUAAAUGUGGAACAUCGAAUGAGUGUACGUAUUUUUAUUUUUAUGGGGAUAGUUCAUACACAAUGGGAGAACUGGGCACAGAAUCAGUUAGUUUUGGAGCAAGUGAUGGCGGCCAAGCUGUUUCGUUUCCUAAGACGGUGUUUGGAUGUGGACACAACAACAAUGGAACUUUUAACGAGUACGUCGCAGGGCUUGUUGGGCUUGGUCAAGGGGUUUUGUCGUUAGUUUCGCAAAUGGGUAACGUAGGUCGCAAAUUCUCGUACUGUCUGCCUCCUAAUAUCAGUCGAAAUACCACAACUAAACUAAGAUUUGGGGAAGAGGCCACCAUAUCAGGAAAUGGGUUGUCAUCCACUCCCUUGAUCACCAAACUUGGUUCCUUGUCGUCGUUUUACUUCCUCAACCUUGAAGGUAUCACCGUUGGUCAACAAAAAGUGCCUCUGACAGGUCAAAUCGACGGAAACAUAGUCAUUGAUUCUGGGACGACAUUGACAAUGCUUCCAUCAAGCUUUUAUGACCAGGUUGAAGCUUUGGUGAAGCAAGCCAUUGGAUCCGACCAAUUCAUAGUGCAAAUCAAUCCGUUCAAAUUGUGUUACACAAAUGCUAACUCCAUCAAGAAUUUCCCAGAAGUUGAGGUUCAUUUUACGGGAUCCAACCUUUCCUUAAAACCUCAGAACUUUGUCCUUUUCCGCGACGAUAUUAUGUGCUUUGCCAUUCUUCCCACUGAUUCAAAUGGAACGUCCAUUUAUGGAAACGUGGCCCAGGUUGAUUUUGAAGUCGAGUAUGAUCUUGGUAAGAAAAAAGUUUCUUUCGCUCCUGUUGGCUGUGCUAAUAAAUAGUAAAGAUUUGCUGAAGAGUACGUGAAAUGUAGUCAUAUAUUUAAUGAAUAACGUACUUUGGAUGGUGUAGCUCAAGUACUUGUAAACCCUACAGUUUUACACAGCCUCGCACACAUGCACAUGUACACCGUUAUUAUGUAUGUUUCGGCUUUUGGAAUUAUC